AUGGCCCGUCUUGCAGCGAUUGCCAAGGGCGUGCCAGUGCUGGCAGCGCUCGCACAUGCGGUCAACUAUCCGGCUAAGCCAGCCGACCUGACGACGCCGGUGCAGCAGCGGAUUGCGGUGAACGGGGCAAGCUCCAUAUCGGUGGGCUGGAACACGUACGAGACGCUGUCGCAGGCGUGUGUGCAGUACGGACUGGCAGCAGAUGCGCUGACGCUGGAGGCGUGCUCGAACACGUCGACGACAUAUGCGACGUCGCGGACGUACUCGCACGCGGUAUCGUUGCCGAACCUUAAGACCGCGACGACAUACUACUACAAGAUUGUGUCGACCAACUCAACGGUCGAGCAGUUCAUGAGUCCGCGGCAGGCCGGCGACACAACGCCCUUUACGAUGAGCGUGGUGAUCGACCUGGGCGUCUAUGGCAAGGACGGCUUCACGAUCGCGAUGGACCACACAAAGCGCGACCUGAUCCCGCUGGUCGACCCGUCGCUCAACCACACGACCAUCGGCCGGCUCUCGGCCACGGCCGACGACUACGAGUUUGUCCUGCACCCGGGCGACUUUGCCUACGCCGACGACUGGUUCUACAACGUCGAGAACCUGCUGGUGGGCGAGGCUGCCUACGAGGCCAUCCUCGAGGAGUUCUACGGCCAGUUGGCCCCCGUGGCUGCUCGCAAGCCAUAUCAGGCCUCGCCGGGCAACCAUGAAGCAGACUGCGAGGAGCUGCCGUACACGGCCGCCCUCUGUCCGGCCGGCCAGAAGAACUUUACCGACUUCAACAAUCGCUUCGGCCGCUCGAUGCCCACGGCCUUUGCGUCCACCUCGACCAAUGCGACGGCCCGCGUGCUGGCCAACAAAGCCCAGCAGCUCGCUCGGCCGCCCUUUUGGUACUCGUUUGAAUACGGUAUGGUGCACGUGAUCAUGAUCGACACCGAGACCGAUUUUGCCAACGCGCCCGACGGCCCCGACGGCAAUGCUAACCUCAAUACUGGCCCGUUUGGUGCUGACGGCCAGCAGCUCGCCUUCCUUGAGGCCGAUCUCGCCAGCGUCGACCGCUCCGUUACGCCCUGGGUCAUCGUCGGUGGCCAUCGGCCGUGGUACUCUACCGGCGGCUCCGACAACAUCUGCACGGCCUGCCAGACUGCUUUUGAGCCGCUCUUCUACCGCUACGGCGUCGAUCUCGGCAUCUUCGGCCACGUCCACAACUCCCAGCGCUUUCUGCCCAUCAACAACAGCAUCGCCGAUGCUAACGGCCUCAACGACCCCAAGGCCCCGGCCUACAUUAUCGCCGGUGGCGCCGGCAAUGUCGAGGGCCUCAGUUCCGUUGGCGAUAAUGCCACUGCCAACGUCUUCGCCUACGCCGACGGUUUCAGCUAUGCCACCGUCUCCUUUGUCGACGCCUACAACCUCAAGGUCGACUUCUUCCGCUCGUCCAACGGCGAGCUGCUCGACUCGUCUGUGCUGUACAAGUCGCACACGGAGCAGUUUGUGGACCAACAGUAG